CGCAAUCGUCUUCUUCCUCUUCACAGUACCUUGGAUCUCUGAUUGGACCUUCAUUCCACGCUUGCUAGCAUUCUUCCCGACAACCAUUCACAGCACCAAGAAGCGUGUGCUAGUCAUCCUCCUUCCGGUCAGCAUGAAGAUCUGCCGAGCAAUCUUCAUUGUGCUCUUCACCAUUCACACCUACCACACUACUCACGGACCACCGCUGGACGAGGCUGACUUCUACAGGAACAUCGCUUUCUCAACAGCUUAUCCCCAGCUCGAAUGGAUCGCCACAAUUCUCGAUGAAGGCUACUGUACUGCUUUCCUGAUCGCUCAUCUCAUGCUUUUUAAGCGCGGACAUAUCCGUUCGCAAACACUUCUACAUGCCGUCCGCACGGUCAUUUUCGCCUCUGUCGCUACUUUUGCUCUACCCUUGGCCUUCUGCGUCACCACGAUCUCACUUCAGUAUGCACAUAUGGAUCCCAAAGUCACUAGGGACGCUUGGGUUGCUGCGGAGUUCGUUAUUGUUUUGGGGGCAUAUGCGAGUUGUCUUGCACCGACCAUUCGCAGCGAACAGCUAGCACAGAAGGCUCUGGCCCGGCAGCCAGUCACUACACCAGAAGGCAGCGACCUCCCACCACUUUUCACUCCCGGUCGAGACCUGGCUCGUCGACCUGGUGCGUCUCAACAGGGCAGCUUCCCGGCUAAAGAAGAGGUUUUUCCUAGCCCUCGAUGCCAUAAGAACAAUCGUGAUGAUCUCGAACUUGGCACCCUCAGUUUGAGUCACUUCAAGGAUAGCUCGCCCUCGUCACCCCCACGUCCAGGCUACUCGGAUGGUAUUGAGCUAAUGCACACCUCACCACAUGGCCGCUCAAGCUUUGACGAAGAGGGGCUGGCCACGCCUUCCAAAUGCAAAAGCAACGGUAUGGCCAUCUUGCUCAAGUCCAAUAGUCUGAGCUCGAUGAAUGACGGCCGGUUCAAUUCGACUCCGCAUCUGCUACCGACGCUAAUGCACGCCAACGAGCCCGACGUCAAGUUCCGCUUGGGCCCCAAUCUGCAGACGCACCCCGAUCCGUGUGCUAGCUCUCGCCGUCGUCUGGGCACACCCGACAAAAGUGUCACCUUCCACUUCCCCGCCAAGAAGUCGUCCCUGCCUUUGCUUGGUGAUCAGAGUGGCUCUGCCCAAAGUCAGAGCCAGCAGGUCAGACCCAAGAGCUCUGACGACAAGACACUGAAGGACCCAGAAGAGAAGUCCGAAGUAGUCGAAGAAAUCUGCCCCAAGGCGGUCAAUAUGUCCAAUGAGACUACAGAGGGUACUUCACGCCCUCUAGGCACGCCCAAAUCUCUCCGCACUACCAAGCAUGCCGAUGCCAAGUCCGGCGUUUGGCGCUCCACUCAGACGACCAUGCGCCCGUGGACUGCAUCAGGAGCCACAGGAGAACACAGUCAUGGCAUUUCCAGACUCGAGGGCCGGUCCAAGGUCAAGCAGUUCAAAGUUGGUACAGACUUCUCUUGGCAGCCGAAGAUAUCCUUGGACGCUGAGAUGCCCUUUGCCGGCAACUUCUUGUCUUCAAGCCCCUGUCGACACUCCGACUCAGAGCUCAGACAGACAUUGAGGAACGACAAGCAGCGUCCUACUCACACUUCGCCCUCUUCUGGCAGUAAGAAUAGCAAGACCUCCGACACUGGCCGAAGUCAUGCCUCGUCUGACCUCAAUAACCUUCUGUCUGGCACGACUGAGCUAACCGACUGGACUCAUGCACUCAACAGUGCCCUUCCUUCCAAUGCGGGCUCAGCAGCAAAUGUCUCUCCCACUUCUUCUUCUUGCCCCUCGUCUCAGUUGUCCCCUCCCAAUUCUUCAGCCGGCAUCAUCCGCAGGGGCAAGAUGCUAGCCAUUAACACCGCCAGAGCCAACAAGUUCCUGCUGCGACCAGGCAGCGCUUCCGGCGGUCCUGCCCGAGCAGGUCUGGACAGCAGUCUCCACUUCAAGCGACGCGGCGACAAGGAGUCUGGUGGAUACUCACCUACUACGAGCCACUGCCUCGUCCGAUGGGGAGGUAUCAGGGGCGCUGGACCGCCCUGUUUCGGACACAUUGAAAUCUCGAUGCAGCGAACGACGCGCAUCGACUAUGCUUGCGAGGAAGAGGAGCCUGAGCAGGCUUGUGGUGGCGAUCUUGGUGUUGCGACGGGUGGACGACGCGAGCACAUUGGCGGGCAGGACUGGACUACUGCCUCUGUCCAGAGGGAGAAGAGAGACGUGGAUAUCGAGUCGUGGUAGCGCCAUUCCUUUCAAGCUCGCAAGAUGUCACCCAACUUGACAUCUGAAACGAGAAGACGCUCAGGCAGGCCGGCGUCCGACUUUCAUUCUGUCAUCUCUCUCACCGUCACAGCCUACCGUACCUCAAGAAGUCAUCUGUUCUUUUCUUUCCCCACCACACCUGGUCGCGUCUGCCGUUCCAAAUGUGGAGACUUUGUCUGCUCGUUUCGAUUUUCUCUUCUCUCUGGUCACACAAUGAAAACGUCCCAUCAG